UCUAUUUAACUUAUUACUUAGUUAGACCAUCACAAUCACAGGCCCUGACUAGUGACUCAAAUCUAGUGACACUGACAGGCUUGCCUCUCACCAAACCCAAACUCAGAAACUGAAACAGUGAAACACAAUGGUGUUUAAAUUAUGUCGAAUGUUUAAUAGCUAUAAAGUUUUGUUUUUUUUUUGUGUCGUUUUGGCUUAACAUUGGACAUUGGUUGACAUGGAAUAAGUAAGAUGAGAGCGUCUCGCUUGCUAAGCCGGUGAGACACACUAUCCGCUUAAAAGGUUGGAAUUGAGUUUCAUAGACGAUAGAUCUACUUAUUAAAUAAGAAAUUUAAUAGUAGAUCUAGUUAAAUCUAGUAUUCGUAGUAAAUUUCUAGCUCACAAAUCUGAUUUCAUUUAUAUUUAUGAACUUUACUUGUUUAAAAUGUAAAUAUUGAUGAAAUAAACAAAUUAUCGGGUCUAGAUCUACAAGAAAUGUCAGAGAGGCAGGGACAAAAUGGCAGCGUUGUGAUGGCAGAAAAUAACAAAAUAUUUAAAAAUUGGGAUCAAAAUCGCCUGUGUGACGAACACACUUGCCGGGGAUUAUAUUAUCAAACUUAAUAAUUCAAGGAAGUAAAGAAGCAUCUCUGUAUUUCCUUUCAAACUUCUUUAAUAAUACUGCUUCAACUUUCACAUAAAAUUAACUUCUCAAUUCAAUAACAACUUGACUUGAUACUUCAUAAAUAAAACUUAAAGAUACAUGAAACUUCACUUAGUAUAACUUCAACUAAUAAUAUUACUUCAACUAAUAAAACUUUAAUUAAUGGACCCGCUAAUACUUACUUACUUACUCUACCAAACUAUUACUAAGUGAGGACUAAGCGAGAACCAUCGCUCUACAAGAACCACUACUAUGUGAGGACCCCGUCUAGCUGACUUUCGCCUAAUUUAUACUUUUUUUUAUCAGAUGUUCUAGAAUCAUGGAAACUUCUCAGAUAAUUAUUUUAGUAACUUUGACCUUCUAGAAGCUGGCGUGUGCUAUUUUUUUCCCUUAACCUCUUUCUUUGAUUGGAUAACUAAAAUUAACUUGUUUACGCUGGACACUUGCACUGGUUUGACCUCGCUUCUAGAACUUGGUCGAAAUAGGUCACAGACUCGACUCGUGACAGCCUGAAACAAUUUUUUUUUUCAAAUGCACUUUUAGACUCAUGCUAGUAUUUUUAGUACACAAAAACUAUUUUAAUAUAUGCAGAAUAUUAGGCUUUACAUGGCCUGAAGCGUUUUUUUUUCAACUUACAAAAUUUCUUUAUCAAACUUUAUCAAAAACUGGAAAAUCUCAUAGCCAACAAUGCUAACCAUAUUUUCAACUUUUCGGUAUGAUGCGGAUAAUAUAUCGCAAUAAAACUUGGUAGAAUAAUAACCAUGCAUGAUAUCUAGCGUAGAAAAAAAAUGAAUGUAAAACCAUUCUCCUGGACUCUGUAUUGGUAAAAACAAAAAAGGGGUAUUUUUGAUAAUAAAUUAAAAAAUGGUAAAUAACUUUAAAAAAAACGUGAUAAAGCAUUAACUAGGCCAUUGUCUAAAAUAAUCGAUAACACAAGUUUAAAACUUCUCACAUUUCAUUCAUAAGUGUAAUAAAUUUCCAAGUGCGGCCUAUGUAAAAAAAAGUCGAAAAAGCAAUCUCAACUUUAUGGGUAAUUUUUUACUUCCGCACUUCUUGUUUUUUUUCGCCCAGCUAAACAAACUCAUCACACUGCCAGUGACACUGAUCUGAUCACUCAGUCUCAUCUCACUCAUGAUUGACAUGAAUCACUGGCACAGUUGACACAGGCAUCACUCAGCCGCAGACUUUGAAUCAGGCCAAUCAGGGUUCCUAGUCAGGCUAGUCGUCCCAGAGCUAAGAUUUAAGAAGAGAUGACUGUAGGAAAUCAAAUCUAUAGUUUCACUUCUUGGAUGCCCUGCAGUACUGAAAGACAGUGAUUUAAAAAAUGGUAGUCCUUUUAUGGAGCUUCAUUUAUCAAAUGAAAGAGAUGCAAGAGCAAUAAUGAAGAGGACUGUACUAAGCAAACGGUUGUAUGAACUUUGGGCAGAUGGACCAACUCUUACUGAUGUUUGCCAGAAAUUAAAAGAACUACCCAGAGAACAUACAGAGCCUUACACAAGAGAGGACAGCAGUUUUUGUAUAGUGGUUGAUUCAUUUAACAAAAAAAUUAGCAGUGCUGAGAAGAUAAAGCGUAUUGAGUACUUGACUGAGUAUAAUACAAUGUUUCGUGGCAGAAUCAACUUGAAAUCACCAGAUAAUGCUUUUCAUCUGUUAGAAUACUACCAUCAUGAUUCAAAAUCUGCAGAGACGCCUGAAAAAGUUUAUCUAGGAAGAUGGAUUUCAGAUGGGCAAAGGGGUAUUGUCAAAGAUUAUCACCUUCAAAACAGAUGUUUUAUAGCUAACACAAGUAUGGAUGCUUGUCUUUCAUUAAUCAUGGCGAAUAUGGCCCAGGUGAAGGAGAAUGAUCUAGUCUUGGAUCCCUUUGUGGGCUCAGGAAGUCUCUUGGUUGCCAGCGCUCACUUUGGGGCCUAUGUGAUGGGAACUGACAUUGACUACAUGCUACUUCAUGCUAAAGCUAGGCCCAGCAGAGCCAACCAAAAGGCCCGGUCAGUGGAAGAAAGUGUUUACAAUAACCUGAAGCAAUAUGGCCUUGAAACUAAAUACUUAGACAUUCUAGUGGCAGACGCAUCACAGGACAUGUGGAGGGAAGCCUGCAAGUUUGAUGCAAUAAUUACUGACCCUCCUUAUGGUAUACGGGAAGCUGCUGCUAGAAUAGUUAGCAAGCAAGAUAUUCAAGUUGCAACUGUGGAGGGUUCUCCUCAUUACCCUCAACGCUGCCAGUAUCAGCUUGGUGACAUUUUUAAAGACCUACUGAAAUUUGCAGCACAACAUUUAAGUCUUGGAGGUCGACUGGUUUAUUGGCUGCCUACUUACAAACCUGAUUACAGUGAAUCAAGUAUCCCACAACACCCUUGUCUACAACUUGAGUCCAAUUGUGAACAAUCAUUAAAUUCAACUAUUUCUAGGAGGCUCAUAACCAUGGUCAAAGUUCAGGAAUGUCAGAAUGUAUACAGUGAAGAAACCUCAACAACAGUAAAUAAUAUAAAUAAUUUUCGGAACAAUUACUUUAAAGCAUUGCAACAGAAAAGUAAUGUGAAACAAAAUGGAACUUUGUGAUAUGUUUGUUUGUUUGCAAUAGUGUACUGUUUAGUUUAUGAAUGUGGCUAUGUGAAUUGUUUGUUAUGAAUGAAAAAUGUUAUGGUUGCCUGGGAGUUACAACAGUUGGUAAAUGUUAGCAUGGCAGUUUUCUAUCUUGAAAUACCAGUACUGUUGUCCUACUCAUUGAUGAUUUCACCUGAAACACAAGUGACAUAUUUGUUAGCAAAUAUUCAAAACUGGUGGUUUUUAAUUGAAUAUGUAGCUCUUAGAAACUGCAUUUAUUUUUAAUGUGUGUUAAUUAUAUCAAAGAACGUUUAUGUAGACAUUUUUAGAAAUAAGCAUGCUUAUUGUUGUAGGCUUCAUGCAAAUUAUUCUAUCUGAAGACCUUACAUGUGAAGCAGACUAGCUUCCCUUGGUUAUUGAUCUUAACAAGACAGAUGAUGUGCCAGAUUUGAAUGAAUGAUUGAGUGAUAGGAAAAGAAGGAAUGACACACACAAUUUUAAUGUAUAAAUUAUGUUGAUUAAAAUACUUUAUUAACCUUGA